UGCACUACUUCAAAAUGUGACCGUUUCUGGAAUUUUCACCCACAAACAGUGGGAUUUGUAUAUGAGCUACAAUUUAUCUGAAGCAGAACCUGAGCUUUUAAACCUCUUUGGCAGUACUUUGCACUGAUACUGUACACUGUACAGUGACACCAGAGGAGCAGCAUCGCACGCGGAUUACAAACAUAAUGGCGACGCUCACAAUAUCAAGCAAAAGACCGUACCAUAUAAUAGUGUUCGGGGCAACUGGUUUUACCGGUCAGUUUGUAGUGGAGGAGGUCGCGAGGACGUGUACCGAGGGUCCAGGAGGGUCGUUACAAUGGGCUGUAGCAGGACGGAACCGCGACCGACUGGAAAAAACACUCAUUCAGGCAGCUGACGCUCUGUGUAAACCAGAGCUGAAGUGUGUGGAGGUUAUCGUAGCAGAUGUAGCCGAGCCAGAGUCAUUGGCCAUCAUGUGCAAACAAGGUUGUAUUGUGCUCAACUGCAUGGGACCUUAUAGAUUCUAUGGAGAGCCUGUGGUGAAGGCUUGCAUAGAGAAUGGGGCCCACUACAUUGACCUCUGCGGAGAACCACAGUUUUUAGAGGGGAUGCAGUUGAAGUACCACAGUAAGGCUCAGGAGAAUGGUGUGUAUAUCAUUGGAAGCUGUGGGUUUGAUUCAAUACCAGCAGAUAUGGGCAUCCUUUAUACACAGAAUCACUUCAAAGGAACGCUCACUGCUGUGGAGAGCUUUUUAACCAUCAACACGGGACCUGGGGGUGGAUGUGCCCAUGAUGCGACAUGGCAGUCGGCCAUCUUUGGCUUUGCUGACAGUGCCAGUCUCAGAAGAAUAAGGAAAAAGUUUGGGCAUAAACCUCUCCCGGCUGUCGGCGCUAGAAUUAAAAAGAGGGGAGCUGUUUUCUUCACUAAGGAGAUUGAGCAGUAUGCUAUUCCCUUCAUGGGCUCAGAUCCAUCUGUGGUGCGCCGGACUCAGCGCUAUAUGCACGAGGAACAUAACCACUGCCCUGUUCAGUACAUGGCAUAUGUAGGUAUUGGUGGUCCCUUCUCCGUGUUGAAGACCCUCUUUGCAGGCGUGCUCUUUUGGUUCAUGGUCAAAUUUAGUUUUGGCAGGGGAUUGCUUACUCAGUUUCCCAAAUUUUUCUCAUUUGGUUUGUUCUCGAAGUCUGGACCGUCAAGAAAGCAGAUGGAUGAAACCUCCUUCUGCCUGAGGUUUAUGGGGGAGGGCUACACUACAGGUCAGGACCCCUCUCUUGGCAAGCCAAAUGCCACUAUCAACACUGAAAUAACAGGACCAGAGCCAGGAUACAUCGCUACACCGAUUACCAUGGUGCAGGCAGCUAUUACACUGCUGAAUGAAUCUCACUGUCUCCCUAAUAAAGGUGGCGUGUUCACUCCGGGCUCAGCGUUUGCAAGAACCACCCUAAUAGAGCGUCUGAACAAACAUGGAGUCCAGUUCUCACUGAAGAGCGGACAGUAGACAUGAGUAAUCUGUCAGAUUCACUCAGCCUAGCUCAUCUCAGUUGAAAUUUUGCAGUGACUUAGCCAAAAGGAGUGUGAAUAGAGUGCUGUAGGCCGGCUCUUUGUUUGUAAUCUAUUAAAGGUCUCAGAUCUUAAAGUAUAUACUGUGACCCUAAAACACUGACUCAAGUUACACUUAAAAAUCAUUGCAUUAAAUGUCUAAAUAUCUAUCUAAAUUUGAUGCUUCAAAAUAUUCAUAAAGAGGUCACAAAAGAAAUCAGAGAGGUUUGAUGUUCUGAAGAGACAAUUAGGCUUUUAUUCACAUAAACAUUGAUCAAAUUUGGUCACAGAAGCUCACACCACACAUUGCUGAGUUUCUGUAAGAACCAAUGAGGUUUGUCCAUUGUAUGUAUUUUGUGUGGUUGUUGAGCAAUGUUUAUAUGUGAAUAAAACACUAAAUGAAAUACGUUAAUCAUAAAGUAAUUGUGUUUCUUCCGAAAACUUGGAUUAAACCCCUCAAUUCAUUUGGAUUCGUUUAAUUCUUUUAAUUUUAUUCUGAACGUUUUGAAGCUUGGGUGAAAGAAAAAUAUCUUCAUUUGUAUUUUGAAGUUAAAUGAAAGUCUUGUGGGUUGGGAGUGAGUUAUUGAUUUGGCCAUUUUAAUUUUUUUAAUCUCCGUUUUAACAGAAAUCUGCCACUAGGUGUCUCCUUUUUCCAUUUCCACAUCUGCCGGUUAUGUGUGUGGAGAUGACAGGAAAGGUCAUUUGUUGUGAGAGGGGUAGACGUUGUUUGGGGAGAUUAGGAAAGGCUGUGAAUAUCUUUUUAAGGAAAGACGAGAGGUGGCUGGGGGUCGCAGUGGAUGAAGAACAGGGGCUGAAAGAUACAGGCCAAGGACGAAGCAGCUUGGCAAGCACAGUAUGACUCAGCUUCAGCUGCUUUUAGUCUUACAGGAAAUGAAGAGAUGCUGGGAUGGAGCUUGUUUUUAUCUGUUGUCACACUUGACUAAAGAGGCGGCAACAGUAGAGUAUGUUGUAAACUCACAGACCUUGCAUUGAGGACGUGUAGAAUAUAUGAGAAAUGGAUAGGAUGACAUAUAGAAAGACAAAGGUGAGGGAUUCCUCAUAUGUUGUAAAAAUGAAAUAAAGAGCUUAAGUUAGUCAUGGCUUGAGGGUUUGAGAGUUAUCUGAUCACAAUUUUUAACAGUAUUAUAUAUGUUAUUCUUAUAUCUUACUGAUUCCUGUAAUUUUUUCAAGACAAACCAACUAAAACCAUAAAUCAUCAUAGAAUUAAUUAAAUCGAUUGCUUUUUCUUGCUUAUGUGGGCCUUGAUUUGAUAUGACAUAAAAUCAGUGAUAUUGAGGACACAGGUAAAUCUGUAGAUUAUCCACCAAUUAAAACACACACAUAUAUAUAUAUAUAUAUAUAUGUAUAAUGUAUAUACAGACCUGGAAAAUGUAUAAAUUCUAAAAAUAUUUUUAAUGUUUUAAGUUAAAACCUGUAACUUCUUAUAUACCCUUUGUGGGGUCCAGCAGAUUCUUUUGAAAGAAAUUAAUACUUUUAUUUCGCAAGGAUGCUUUUAAUAGAUCAAAAGUGACAGUAAAGACUUUAAUAAUAUUACAAAAGAUUUCUAUUCCUAAUAAAUCCUGAUUUGAGAUUCCUA